GGUGGCAUUGGAGCUUUCUCUGAGGUCGGGGCAGAGGAUAACUGCGUGUUUUUGCUGCGUGGAGACAGUUUCUGUCCGCUCCUUUUACAUUUCCCUGCAUGGGGGACAUCCCAGCCUCAAAAAUGAGCAGUUUGAACGCGUACAAAGAACCAUUUGACAGAAGCAGCUCUGAACCUGUGGAGGACACAGACACCACCAGCUUUGUGGCAGAAUUUUCCUUGGAGGCCAAUUAUCCCGUGCAAGUAACAGAUCCCCAUGCAGACGCUGUGACACUGCACCUAAGUUCGAUGCCCUCGAGAUACCUGAGUCCCUCCUCAGAAGACAGAAUAAGACAGCCAGUGGAAGAUGUGGAAGAGUGCACUUGCCCCACUUCUUCUUCACCAGACUAUCCCAAAGAACUACAGUUUAUAACGAACCCCUGUGAGAAGUGCUUCUGCCCGGCACCCCCUCCCAAAAUCAGCGACCUCAUGAACGACAAAGAUCUGCUGGACUUGCUGCGGCUCAAAUUGGAUCCAAACCACUGCACCAUCAAAAACUGGAAAAACUUUGCGAGUCGUUGGGGGAUGAGCUAUGACGAACUGACCCUGCUGGAGCAUCGGACCCAGGGUUCCUUGUCCCACAGCCCCACCCAGGAGUUCCUGUUACGCUACAACCAGAAGACGGUCACUGAGCUCACUGAACUUUGCCGCAUCUAUCAGCGCAUUGAUGUGCUGCGACUGCUGCAGAGCUGGAUAGAGAAGGAUUGGCCGUCGCGCUGGCAACACACACAUUAAUCAAUUUGACUCUUAAUCUUUCAGGGUUGUACUUGAUUUCCUAAUUUUCAUAAGCUUUGAUACAUGCUACCAGUUUUUUGUAUCUUUAGUAAAUGAACUUGUGAAAUGGAUAAAACAAUGCUGUCGAACCUGUCUGUAGAGAAUAUUGCACAGUACUGACCUCACGCUGUUCUGGAUAUAGUGAAUACAAUGCAAAGUCACGGAUCUGAUCGGUGCAUGCAGAUCACCAAUAUAUUUCUUACUUGUGACCUGACAUUGGCACACCUGCCGCAGAUUCUGAGUCUUCGGAGCAGUGUUAAAAAUUGAAAAAAAAAAAGUUGGAUUAUUCAAAUUCGAGCAAUGAUGUUGAUGUCAAUGCUGCAAAAUUUCAUUUUCUUACUUUCUGUUUUUCAAAGGCUGUUUAGAUAUUUUCAUAAUACCUGGGCAGAAACAUGUCACUGUGCAAUGCAACUCAACAACAAGAACAGUAAUUAAAGCACAAAACACUGGAGUUGGACACUGAAAUAGCGUCACCAUAAUGGGACAGUUUAUACAUAGUGAUUCCACUGACUUGUUCAUUAACACAGCGGUCCCCGGCCUUUUUGGCUCCACGGACGGUUUAAUGUCAGACAAUGUUUUUAUGACCGGCCUUUGAGGUGUGGCGGAUAAAUACAACAAAAUAGAAUGAUCCGACCGAGACAAAAACGCAGGUAUUUUGUAAAUAUAAUAAUAAACGCGAAUUCACUGUGUAACUUUAUUAGCAGCGUCCUCCUGAAAUACACCAACAACAUUGAGAGUAACAUCCUCCUCUCUGGUUGCUAUGGAAACGCGUAAAUAUUUCUUUCAAAAGAAGACGCGGAACUACAACACGGAAAAGACCCAGGGAAACCGAGUUCACGAUAACAACCCUGAAAACCACAAAUUUCACACCCUCAACUCUCUCGGCCCGGUACCACAUGACUCAGACCGGUACCGGGCCGUGGACCGGGGGUUGGGGACCGCUGCGGUAACAGACAUAAAUUUCACACUUAGUUCUGAGACAGUGUAUCCAUACAUCUGAUGGUUUCCUGAGUUCUUAAGGGAAAUGUUUUUCCCCCCAAUACCCAGAAGUACUCAUUCCUGUCAACCUUCACUGUCUCCGUUUUUCUGUUCAGCUAAAUAUGAAAAAGGGAAAUCCUGAUGAUUUCAGAAACACUAGCAUGGCUCUAGGUGCAGAGAAUCCCCCCCAAACACCUUUUUUUUUUUUUAGGAUUUUCUAUUGGUGUGGGUUUCUGUUUGGGGGUUUUGGGGGGAAAACAUGAGCCCAUGUUAACAGGAUCCACUUCAUAACUUUUUGAAUACUAAUCUUUAGCAUAAAUAAAGCUGAAAGUAGAGCCAUGGUAUAAACAUUAGAUUAUUGGAAUCAAACACCUUUUGUAAAAUUACCCAAAGAAAAUAAUCUGUAAACUAAAAAGCAUGCAUACAAAGUAUUUUUAAGAGCUUUUGUUUUAUCAGUAUGAAAUAAACAUGUAAAAAACUU